GAUGAAACUCAGUGAUGACACAUGAAUUAUGAUGUGGAGUGACAAAAUCUGUCCAGCGGGGCAGCAAGCAAAGGACUUUACCCUUCAAUAUGGCUAUAAAAAGUGUCCACAGCUGCUGUUUGGCACAGAUCGUCUGACGCAGGGUGAAGAAGAGACAAGCAACCUCUGAAAGAAACAAAUUUAAUCAUGAGGGUAAUUCUGGUUCUUGCUCUUUUCUCUGUUUGCAAUGCAAACAUCUUGUGGCAUGAGCAGCCCAAGACUAACCUGGACAUGGUGAAAGAUGCUUUCUGGGAUUACGUUGCAAAGGCAACGCUGACCGCCGAGGACUCCCUGAAGCAGCUCAGAGAGUCUGAGAUGGGACAGGAAGUGAAUUCCAGGAUCGCUCAAAGCGCUGACGCUGUCAACCAGUACGUGGUCACUCUUCGCACUCAGGUCGCUCCUCUCUCCCAGAACUUCAUGACCCAGUUUACCCAGGAAGCUGAGCAGCUCAAGACCCGUCUGGAGCAGGAUCUGGCCACCAUGAGCUCCACCCUGCGCCCCUACGCUGUGGAGAUGGUGGCACGCAUGGAGAAGCAGGUGGAAGACCUGAAGAGGGAAGCUGCCCCUUACGCUGAAGCCAUGGACUCUGAGUCCCUGAAGGUCGUCCUGACGCAGAAAAGCCAGGAGCUGAAGAUGCAGCUGGAUAAGAGCGUGAACCAGCUGCAGGCCCAGAUGAUCCCCUACACCGAGGAGAUGAAGGAGAAGAUAGAGCAGAGUCUGGAUGAGUUUCAGAGGAGCAUGAUGCCUCUGGCCCAGAACUUCGAGACCCAGCUGACCCAGAAGACCCAGGAGAUCCAGCAGAGUCUGGUCCCUAUGGGAGAGGACCUGAAGGCCAAGCUGGACGCUAGCGCUCAGGACAUGCAGGCUCAGCUGAUCGCCCUGUGGGAGUCUUUCAACAAGAACACCCAGUAAAUAGACUUCCCCAUCGGUCUCUACACCACCAGAUAUUUAUUUUAAAUUCCCUCAAUGUUUAUUUUACUAAAUAAAAAAUGAAGUUCA